CGGCAUCAAAGAUAUAAACAGGACUUCCUAGACCACGCGGAAGUCGCCGAUCCGACGGCGGGGAACGACGGGGAGCAAGCAGUCGGUGUCAUUUAAAUCAACCUAACACAUUUCACGACGACGACAGCGUCGGAGACUAUUUACAGCGGCGACGAAGUCUUCGGCUGUGGCUCGCUCUGUUAAAUCGGGAUUCGUGGACUACUGGUGGAAGCCACUGGUUUAAAUCGAGCAUCGCUUGCCCACCUCUGUAAUCGCAGCGUUGCGGAUCGUGAAUCUGCAAAAAGAGUGAGGCAGCAUAUGCUGAACUGGUGGUAUUGGAAUUGGUGAAUCGAACAAGGGAACAUGAGUUGUUCCUGUUUUGGUGCUUCAUUGUCCCGGAAAAAGCAUCUUAAUCCUUCUGCAAGGGAACAAAAUGUGCUUUCAUCAGAAAAGAAUAUAAGACUUUUCUCUUAUCUUGAGCUUAAAUUAGCAACAAACAAUUUCCAUCCAAGCAACAAAAUUGGCCGGGGUGGUUUUGGAACAGUAUACAAGGGAACCCUUAGGAAUGGAGUAGUUGUUGCAACAAAGGUACUUUCUGCAGAAUCACGUCAAGGAGUUAGAGAGUUCUUGACUGAGAUUGACGUUAUCUCCAAUGUCAAGCAUCCAAACCUUGUUGAGCUUAUUGGUUGCUGUGUUGAAGGCGCCAAUCGCAUCUUAGUAUACGAGUUUGUGGAAAAUGGUAGCCUAGUCCGUGCAGUACUAGGUCCAAUCAGUGAAGCGACUAAGCUGAACUGGCAGAUCAGAUCUGAGAUUUGUUUGGGUAUUGCCAAGGGAAUUGCACAUCUUCAUGAGGUUCUUGUACCACCAAUUGUUCACAGGGACAUCAAACCUAGCAAUAUUCUUCUUGACAGCAAUUUUGUCCCCAAGAUUGGAGAUUUUGGUGUAGCUAAGUUAUUUCCUGACAAUAUUACCCACAUCAGCACCCGUGUAGCUGGAACAACUGGCUACUUGGCACCUGAAUAUGCUUUGCAAGGCCAAUUGACAAAGAAAGCAGACAUUUAUAGCUUUGGUGUUGUCCUUUUGGAAAUAAUUAGUGGCAGAAGCAACUCGAGGUCAUUUUCAGAAAGAGGAAAACCACUUUUGGAAUGGGUAUGGAAGCUGUUUGAGGAUAAGAGGGUAAUUGAGAUUGUAGAUCCUGCUCUGAAAGACUACCCCCAUGAAGAAGUUUUAAGGUAUAUCAAAGUUGCUCUUUUCUGCACACAAGCUGCAAGUGUGCGUCGGCCGACCAUGCUCCAAGUUGUUGACAUGCUAUCGAAGCCAGUACAGCUCAAUGAUAAAGAAAUUACCCAGCCUGGUUACAUGGAAGACUCUGGCAAAUUUGUCAAAGGUUCAGGUCCAACAACUUCCACGAGUUCUCAGUCGAAAUUUUCCACAAGCAUCGACACAACCAUCCCAUUCUCCUUGAGUCAGGCUACUUGUACUGAAAUUUCUCCAAGGUGAAUUUUGCCAAAGCAGUGUAUCAAGUGGGAUUCUUUUGCAUAAAACAAGUGCAAUCAAGGAACCUUUCAGAGAUUUCUGUUAGCAGAUCAGGCCAAUGGAUUCUGAUCCUGUAUCUGAUUUUGUUUUCUUUAUAGUUGGUAAAUGGUAAUGACUAUUUUUUUUUUUGUAUAUAUAUCAUAUAUUUAUGAUGCGUUGAUAAAAAAAAAAAAGAGGUAUUCUGUAACAGACAUGUAAAAUAGUUUCAAGAACAUAUAAGAAUUUUUCUGGAUUA